CCCCCUUUUUCAUCAGACUCGGGAAGACGGCCCGUGUUACACUGACAGCAUCAUCUUCCAGAGAUGGGUGUCCCCCCCACCCUGCUUUCUGGGGAGCCCAUUCCAAGCGGUUGUUCAGCGAGAGUGUGUGAGAUUAUUAAUAAUUUUAACAGCCGACUUUGUGCAUCUUAAUAAGGCCGCGCGCCUUCGGAAGCUCCAGCAAGUUAAUUACAAACAGUUGCCUCGGGGCGGCAUUCACGAGGCAAUUAGGUUUAUGUUAUUAGGGUAAUAUAAAUUCACGCUUUAUCAUCCCAAAUGCACUUGCAGCACGACGAACAAUUACAACUGCUAGCGAAAACCGCUUUUAAUACCGGGACUGUGUGCGCAUCCCGGUGAGAGAGCACUUUCCCUGCUCUUCGUUUCUUCCUUUGUUAAGCAUUUCCUUCGGCAGAGAAUAAUUCGCUUAGAAUUGAAAUAAAUCGAUUUUUUUUUUAUUUUUACAUUAAGAGAACGCGUUUUGCGCACUAUUCCUGGAGCGGUUCUGGGUGCAUAGGGACGGAUACAUACAUCCGCACCCAGGCAAAAAAACGUUUUGCUCCACAACAGCGACGUGAGCCACCUUAAGCAGCUCUCUGAUGUCAACGUCAGUGCUGGCGAGAUGCUGCUCUCCUGGCAGCGCUCACUGACCGGGGAGCCGCGCUUCACAUCUCCCGAGCCCAGCCUGUCCGCCCUUCCUGUCCUCCUCCUGCCGAAUCCCAGGGAUUUCUCCCCGGCCAGGCGAGCCGGGCGCUGUGCGGGGAUCAGCGAGGCACCUCGGUCCCUACUCCCGCACAGGAAAAGCUGCCGGAAGGUUGUUGUGCCCGGGAUGUCAGUGGGCACCCAGGCAACGGAAGGAGGUCCCUGAAUAGCACACAGACAGCAGGGGGCGCCGGGAGCGCCGAGCCACGGAGAUGAACCUGUGCUGGAGCGAAAUCAAGCGCAAGUCCCACAACAUCAGGGCCCGGCUGGAGGCCUUCUCGGACAACAGCGGGAAGCUGCAGCUCUCCCUGCAGGAGCUCAUCGACUGGCUAACGCUGAAGGACGAGGAGCUGUCGGACCAGCUGCCCCUCGGCGGUGAUGUGGGGGCCGUGCAGCAGCAGAGCGAAUUCCACCAGGCCUUCAUUGAGGAUGUGAAGUCCAGAGGCCCCUACAUCUACUCCGUCCUGGAGUCGGCCCAGGCCUUCCUGUCCCAGCACCCCUUCGAGGAGCCCGAGGAGACGCUCGCUGACAGCAAAGACGUGUCGCCGCGGCGGCGGAUCCAGAAUGUCAGCCGCUCGGUGUGGAAGCAGGCCAACGUGGCCAGCGACCUGUGGGAGAAGCUGACGGCGCGCUGCCUCGACCGGCACCGGCACAUGGAGCGCACGCUGGAGAGGCUGCUGGAGCUGCAGGGCACCAUGGAGGAGCUGGGCGGGGCGCUGGAGCAGGCGGAGGGCGUGCGGGAGGCCUGGGAGCCCGUGGGGGACCUCUUCAUCGACUCCCUGCAGGACCACAUCGACGCCACCAAGCUCUUUAAGGAGGAAUUGUCUCAAGUGAAGGAAGGCAUGAAGCACAUUAACGACCUGGCUCACCAGCUGGCCAUCUCAGACGUGCACCUGUCCGGGGAGAACGCCCGAGCCCUGGAACACCUGAACAGCAGGUGGAAGCAGCUGCAGGUGAGUCCCCCUCUCCCCUCCUGUCACAGAGCCACAGAUCCAGGCAGUAAACACUCUCUUUCAGGUUCUGUGCAGAUCCCCUGGGAGCGGGCUAUAUCCCCCAACAAAGUGCCAUACUACAUCAAUCACCAGGCUCAGACUACCUGCUGGGACCACCCGAAGAUGACAGAGUUGUAUCAGGCACUGGCUGAUCUGAACAACAUCAAGUUCUCGGCGUACCGCACGGCCAUGAAGCUGCGGAGACUGCAGAAGGCUCUGCGCUUGGACCUGAUGACCCUGGGCAGCCUGUCCGAAGUGUUCCGGGAGCCCAGCCUGCGCCGUAGCGAGCACAGCAUGGACGUGGUGGAGGUCAUCCACUCCCUGACCAGCCUGUACGAGCGGCUGGAGGAGGAGAGGGGCGUGCUCAUCAACAUCCCGCUCUGCGUGGACAUGUGCCUCAACUGGCUGCUCAACGUCUACGACUGUAGCCGCAAUGGGAAGGUGAGAGUGCUGUCCUUCAAGACGGGGCUGGUCUGCUUGUGCAGCUCUGAUGUUCAGGAGAAAUACAAGUAUCUCUUCAAGCAGGUGUCCGGGCCCGGGGGGCAGACGGAUCAGCGCCACCUCAGCAUGCUGCUGCACGAAGCCAUCCAGAUCCCCAGGCAGCUGGGAGAGGUGGCGGCGUUUGGGGGCAGUAACGUGGAGCCCAGCGUCCGCAGCUGCUUGCGAAUGGCGCCAGGGAAGCCUGCCCUCGAGCUGUCCGACUUCGUGGAGUGGAUGAGCCUGGAGCCGCAGUCGGUGGUGUGGCUGCCCGUGCUGCACCGGGUGGCCGUGGCCGAGUCCGCCAAGCACCAGGCCAAGUGCUCUGUCUGCAAGCAGUGCCCCAUCAAGGGCUUCAGGUAUCGCAGCCUGAAGCAGUUCAAUGUGGACAUCUGCCAGACCUGUUUUCUCACAGGACAGACCACCAAAGGAAAGAAGCUGCACUACCCUAUCAUGGAGUACUACACACCAACGACCUCAGGGGAGAAAAUGAGGGAUUUUGCCAAGACUCUGAAAAACAAGUUCCGAUCCAAGCAGUACUUCAGCAAGCAUCCCCAGAGAGGCUACCUCCCCGUCCAGUCUGUGCUGGAGGCAGAGAGCAGUGAAACCCCCUGUUCUUCUCCAAAGCUGCCGCAUGCAGACACACACUCCAGGAUCGAGCACUUUGCCAGCAGACUGGCAGAAAUGGAGAAUCAGAACUGCUCCUUCUUCACUGACAGCCUCUCUCCUGACGAAAGCUUGGAUGAAGACCAGUACCUGCUGCGCCUCUCCAGUCCCACCCUGGAGCAGGACUCUCCCACGGGCCAGCAGUCCGGGGCCGGACACAUCCUGGCCAACAUCAACUGUGAGGACAAGGAUGAGCUGGAGAGGAUCCUGGCUCGGCUGGAGAACGAGAACAGGGUCCUGCAGGGGGAGUAUCGGCGGCUGAAGUGGCAGCAUGAGGAGGCCGCGGCCUCCCCUCAGCUCACGGAGGGCGCCCUGGGCUCCCCGAUGGGCCACCGCGACGACGAGCUGCUGGCAGAGGCCCGGAUCCUGCGGCAACACAAGAGCCGGCUGGAGACCCGCAUGCAGAUCCUGGAGGAUCACAACAAGCAGCUGGAGUCCCAGCUGCACCGGCUCCGGGAGCUGCUGCAGCCCAAGGAGGAUUCAGAAGCCAACGGCUCCGCUCCCUCCUCUGUCUCGUCGCCACGGCAGUCUGGGGCCAGCCGGCCGGGGGAGCAGGACAGGGGAACCCCCGACACCGAGGCAGCAGGCGAGGACCUGGAGCAGGAGCGCCAGGACACUGUGAUCCGCCUGGAGGAGGUGAUUGAGCAGCUGAGGAAUGUCUUCCCACCGGACACCGGUACGCCAUCCCUGAGCUAAAAUCUGCGUGGCUCAGAGUCUGCAGCACCGUGCGCUGGGCUAGGAAUCAAGUCGUCUCAGUUCUCCUCAUUCAUGGUGCUGUAGCGCCCCCUCCUGCCCGCACAGAGCCGCACGAAUGCCCAUCUGAGUGAAACGUCCUGGAUUUUUGCACUAACCUACAUGCAGCUCGGUCGUCUUUGUCCUCCCAGCGUGGAACCAGGUGCCGAAGGGCCGUGGCCGUGCAGACACUGAGCAGCGAGCUCUGGCUGUGUGUAACUGUGCAAGGUGAAGCUUUCCGAAAACAGCACAAAGACCUAGACCUAUGGUUUAACAAUGCAAAGAGUGAGCGCUUGAGGUUUUCUGACUGCCAGUACCUCCCAAGAGUGUUUUCUCUUAAGAGUGAAUUUGUUUUUGCUAUUGGCUCACAAGGAGUGCCUUUUCAGCUUGUAAUACCAACAGACGUUCUCCUUGUUGACCACUUUCAGGACCAGUCUGUUUUAGCCACCUGUAACGAAGUGAAGAACACCCAGCUGCAAGCCAGCAAGAUGGGGUACAAGAUGGUUUACUUGGUUUGUCUCAAUCAAACUCUGAAUGUCUUAGCAGCUGCCAAGAGCUCAAGAGCAAUGUGGUCCUCAUUGGAGCUAGAAUAAUCUGAUCAGACCCAGGAUCUUGUGUUGCUAACUUUAACAAGUCUUGGAUAGAGCAUGUAGAAAUGGGGGAAAUGAAAUAAUUAAAAAUCAACUGUCAUUUCAGCUGAUUAGGAUUCCUAGGAUACUUAUUAUCCAGAGUAUAACACUGCUUCGAUGGUUUUCUUGGCAUGUUUAGUUUUAAAAGCACCUGCCAACAGAUAGUCUAAUGGCCUCCAGUGUAGUGAAGAGAACUCCUCAGCUAAACACAGGAGGCAUGUACAGAGAUCCUAGAGACUGGAGAGUGCAUUAAGCAGUUACAAUGCCUUAAAACCAGGAGAGUCUCAUGGAGGAGCAAGGUUAAAUCACUUUACAGCUUGUCUGGCUCUGGUCAGAGCCACCAGAUUCUCUUAUUCAUGAG